AUGAACUAUGAUCAGUCGGCUCGAGAUGCCGUCGUCUCGGUGGGCCUUGCUGCCAUGUCCAAUGUCAAUCGUGACAAAGCACUGCGAACAUUAUCGAGAGAGAAACAUGCCACUGUCAUCAGUGCUGUCCAGAAGGCAGUGGAUCGCUGGACAGUGCAUCUAGACGGUGCUUCUGCGUUGCUCAGACAAUCAACGUUCAAACGGGCAAUGACGACUUUGGGCCAUCGUGCACAAUUGCAAUUCUACUUUGCAUCAAUCGUCAAAUAUUUCCUGCCGAGAAGAAAUAUUCCCCCGGAUUUGUUAAACUGGUCACCAGAACUCAUGGCAUCUGCACCACUGGAGAUUAUCCCAGCUGCCAAGCUUGUCGACAUAUUGAUAAGAUUCAUGAAGUUAACGUAUCUCUGCGGGGAAAAGACCACGACCCACGAACAGUAG